AUGAAGCGCAGGGUUCUACGCGCCCACGCAAACAAGCGGUGCCUUCGCAUCCUCUCCGCUUCCCAUCAGCUACGCACGCCGUCGUCGGGCGAUCGCCGCUACGCCGUGCUGUGCGACGCCUCGUUCCUCCGCGCCGUUCUUCUUUCCUACUGGCAGGCGCACGCGCCGCCCGCGUGGAAGGAGUCACGGAAGCGACAACUGCGUAAGGCCGCCGCCGCUGCCGCCGCAACUUCGCCGCAGCCGCAUCGGUCGUCGUCGCAGACACCGCGCGCGGAGCAGGGGAACGGCGCGGAUACUCAUCCCGAGGUUAAGAAGCCUGACGAAGGCGCGCAACAGGAAAGGAGUGCCCGCACAGGGAAGGCAGCGCGGUCGCGUGUGCCCUCUGCGUCGACGACGACGGUGGCGGCUGCCACGAUCAUCGCGCGCCUGCCGGUGCAGCUGCCGUCCACCUCGCCCUUCGAGUUCUUAAACGCGCUGAUGCGGGAAGCUUUUCAGGUAAACGGCGGUGACGGGACCGGCAAGAGCGACGAGGCAGCCACGAGAGCUUCCGCCCUGGACUCUUUCACAAACAGAGGCAACAACGGCUGUAAGAGCAGCGAUAGUAAGCCGGUGCCUUUCCUCUAUCACUGCCUGCCAGAGACCGUCGCGGCCCUUCAUCGCAUGCGGGAGACAGCCUUCACCACGACCACGUCAUCGUCGGCAACAGCAACAGCAGCAGUUUCGUCCGCAGAAGCGGUGGCACAAGUAAAAAAAGAUUCGGCUAACGCACGUGACGAUGAACAGCAGCAGCAACAACGAAGGUGGAGCAACACCAGAGAUGACGCAGCGGACUCUGUGCGACAUCACCGGCUGAACGCGACGGAGCGCUGGCUGGCUGCCUCCUUCGGUGAGUUAGGCCUACGCCGCGAUGACGACGUGCGUCACCACCACAGUCGUGGCAGUGGCGGCGAUGCGUAUGCGGGCUCGACAGGACAGGCGCACGGCCGACCUGGUGGGCCGGGUAGUGCAGCUGGCGCCGCUGCUGCUGCUUCUGUUGCUCCGUUGACCUUCCAAGAAAUCCCCGCGUUGGUGGUGAACGCGCUGCUGAGUCGGCUUCACCUUUUACAGGAUCCGCGCGGCGACGAACGUGACGCCGUGGGAGAUGGAAUGGUAGUGAAGGAGAAAGCGGUGAAGGACGAGCGGGCUGGUGCGCGUACUCCACUGCAGCAGCAGCAGCAGCAGCGGCAGCAACAUCCACUUGAUCAACAGCGCAACGAAGCGAAAGCUCUGGCGGAUUUUAUGUCGUUUAACGAAUUCUGCCUCGCGCACGGUGCAGCUCCGUCCUCUCUCGGCGAAGGCGAGGGCUACCGCUCCGCACACGUGCGCUUGUGCCCGAUGCCUCGUUUCACGGACUCGACCAGCGCCUUGGGCCACCACGCCCUGAAGCGACUCCGCAAGAGCAAGCGAAAUCGUCCAGAGACGGAGACCACCGAAGGCGAUGAGUGCAACGCACCGCCACAACAACGGCAACAGCAGCAGCGGCAGCAGCAGGACGGGCGGAACAGUAGCAGCAGUAGUGCUCACGAAGCAGAGCCCGUCGGGGCUGCGGUGCCCUCGAAGCCUUACCUCCCGCGGUCCUUCUGCGUGGCGACGCAGAGCCACGACGUACGCCGGCGCCUCGCGCCUGCCACGGCGCUGCUGCGGCUGACCACCAACCCCGACGCCCUCUGGCUUGAGCAGCGCGGCACCGCCUACCACUACGAGGCCGGCGGCGGCGAUGACGGCGGUGACGUCCGUGGUGGUGGUGGUGCUGACAGUGGUUUUGCUACAACGAGCAAGCGCGCUGCUGCAUCGAGGCGGGUGUCUUCUCACUCAAGACAGGACCAGCGCCAACAACCGCAUCUGCGUCCGCAUCCGCAUCCGCAGCAGCACCACCACCGGCCACCGACAUCGUCCGCAGCGGCACCGUCUUCAACCCCGACGGUGGUGUCCGCAGCGCCGCAGCUGUCACGCGCGGAUGUCGCCUUUAUGAAGCACCUUGGCACGGCAACGCACCUGCCGCUGCCGCCGGUGACGGGUGCGUUGCCGCAGCAAACCCCAACCGCAGGAAAACUUGAAACGGCGAAGUCAGCGGAGGGCCGCCCACGAGGCGCAGGUCGAAAGCGCCCGCAUCAGAGAGGGCAGAAUCCGCUGUCGAUGAAGAAGAAGCAGAAGCGCGAAGUCUUCCGCGCGUAG